AUAUUGCCUAACAUCAACUUGAUUACCGAACAUUUCUUGAAUUUCAGUGACUUGCGAGUGUUAGACUUGUCAUCCAACUCAAUUAUCCUCAAUUUAACCGCAACUUGGAUGCCUCGUUGUCAACUUGACUUUAUUGGCCUGCAGUCUUGCCAACUUGGUACACAGUUUCCCCAGUGGCUUCAGACACAAAGAGAGUUCUCAUUUAUUGAUAUCUCUCGCGCUAAUAUCUCUGAUGUAGUACCCGAUUGGUUCUGGAAUCGUUCUGCAAAGGUAUAUCACAUAGACCUUUCACACAACUAUUUCAGAGGGGAAGUGCCUGAAUUUACAGAAAGCGUUAGUCUUACAAAAUUGGACCUGAGUGGGAACAAUCUUCAUGGUCCAUUACCUCAUUUUUCACCCAAGAUGAUGACCUUGGAUUUGGCCGAGAAUUCCUUUAAUGGUACCCUUGCCCCUGUAUGCGAAUCACUUGUCAUGAAUAAUUCCCUUGGUUAUCUGGACCUAUCUUCAAAUUUUCUAUCAGGACAACUUUCAGACUGUUGGAGAUAUGGGAAGAAUUUGGAAGCAUUGAUAUUAGCAAAUAAUAGCCUAUCAGGGGAAAUACCUCAUUCAAUCGGAUAUCUUGCUAAUCUCAUCUAUCUACAAUUACAAGGCAACAUUUUCUCCAAAAAUCUGCCUUCAUCAUUGGAGAACAUAGCUGGACUAGAAAUUCUUGAUGUUUCCGAAAAUAGGUUAUCUGGAAAUAUACCAUUUUGGAUAGGGGAGAGUUUAAAGAGACUAAUGAUUCUUAAAUUAAGCCGAAACAAGCUUGACGGAAACAUUCCUUGGCAGAUUUGCCAAUUUAGAUACUUGUAUGAUUUGGACCUUAGUUCCAAUGCUCUAUCAGGAACUAUUCCAAGGUGUUUUAAAAAUCUCCAUACCUUGUCCGGGGUAGAGGAGGCUCCUUCCUUUACUUAUGGACCCUAUGCAGAUUAUAGGAUUCAUGGGACGCUCGUUGUUAAAGGGCGGUUUUAUGUGUACGAUUUUUCCUUGCCCUUGAGAGUAAUUGAUCUAGCAGAGAACCAUUUAUCAGGGGAGGUUCCUUCGGAAAUCACCAGCCUUAUUGCACUGAGGGGUUUGAAUUUAUCAAGGAAUAGUUUCACAGGCACAAUUCCUCGUGACAUUGCCAACAUGCGAUAUUUGGAAUUUCUUGAUCUUUCCUGGAAUAAGCUGUCAUGCAGCAUUCCUCCAAGUAUCGUAGAAAUUCCAUCUCUUGCGUUUGCGAAUUUUUCUUUCAAUGGUUUGACAGGGAAAAUUCCAUCUGGAUGUCAAUUUGCUACCUUCGAGAAUAGUUCUUAUGUUGGGAAUCCAGACUUGUGCGGACUCCCAGUCUCAGAAUUCUGCUCGGAUCAUUUAGAUGACGACAUUACGCACUGUGAUAAGCAGGAAGUGCACGCCACUCAACACGGAGAAAACAACUGGCUGGAGGAAUUUUCAUUCUAUAUUAGCAUGGGAAUUGGAUUCAACACAAGUUUCUGGGUAUUUUGGGCUACUCUAAUGUUGAAAAGGUCUUGGAGAUAUGCCUAUAUGAGGUUUCUGGAUAACAUGGGCAACAAGAUUUAUGUGUUUGCUGCCAUAAGAUUGAAAAUGAACAAGCAGCAACGAGGGACGAGGGUGAGCAACCAUCAGAAGAAUAAAGUUUGUCCACAUCGAGCAUCUGGGAAAAAGUGAUAUAUGUUUGGUUUUCUGUUUGCCAAGGGUCUUUUGGAAACAACCUCUCUAUCAUCAUAAGGUAGAGGUAAGGUCUGCGUAUACUUGACCCUCCUCAUACCCCACUUGUGAGAUUUCAAUAGGUUUGUUGUUGUGUUGUUGUUGUUUGGUUUUCUGUUUGGCCAGUUCAAUAAAAUUUGUUGUGAGGUUCUCUUUUUGGUUUAAUUUCAUCAAGUGAUUUAGUAUGUUCAAUAGUAUCUUUUGGUUUUGUAAAACCUUUCUACUUAUUAUGU